AUGUCAACUGCAGUUGAGGAGGUCCGCUCCUCGAAAGAGGUUGCGGCGUCUCCAAACGACAGCAAGCCAGACUCUGAGCAUGGGUCAUCAGAUUAUUACAUUGAUCCUGUCAAAGAGAGUCGCAUGAUGCGAAAGUUCGAUCUCUUCGCAGUCAGUGCCAUGGGAUUCCUGUACUUGAUGUCAAAUCUGGACCGAAGCAACCUGGGAAACGCCAACAUCGCAGGCCUUCCGGAGGAACUCAACCUCGUGGGCAACCAAUUCGGAACUGCGACUACAUUACUGUUUGCAACCUAUGUCCCUCUCGAAGGCCCCGUUGCCGUCCUGCUCAAAAUCAUCGGCCCGAAGCCACUCAUGGCCGUUUCCGCCUUUUGCUGGGGCUCGGCGACUCUUGGAAUGAGUUUCGUCAAGGACUACCGAGCGUUAUAUGCCUGCCGACUCCUCAUUGGUCUGUUCGAAGCCGGUCUUAUUCCAUGCAUCAACGUGUACUUGGGAUGGGUGUACAAGAAAUCCGAGCGUGGAAAGAGAUCGUCCAUGAUCUUUGCAUUCAGUGCCUUCUCCAGCGCGUUUGGUGGCAUCCUUGCCUACGGCCUCACACAAAUUAAAACGGACAAUUUCUCCGGUUGGCGGUGGCUCUUCGCCAUCGAGGGUGCAAUGACCUUCGUGAUUGUGCCUUGCUUCUACUUCGUCUUCCCCAAGUCCCCCACCGAAGCCUGGUUCCUCACAGCAGAGGAGAAGCAAAUGAUGCAAGCACGCUACGAUGCCGAUCCAAGCUGGGGCAACGAUGAAGAGUUCUCCUGGGCCGAAUGCUUCAAGGCGUUCAAGGACCCCAAAUGGUACGCAUUCUGGGCGUACCAGUUUUCAGUCAACAUCUCUCUCUAUGGCUUGACGACCUUUCUUCCUACCAUUGUCAGGGGACUUGGGUAUACCUCUGUGCAUGCCAACCUCAUGACGGUGCCCAUCUACAUCUGCUCUCUGCUUUUCUUCUUGGUCAUUGCCUACUUCUCAGACCGUACACAGAUGAGAGGCCCAUAUAUGCUUGGUUGUUUGAUGUGCCUUAUCAUCGGAUACGCCAUUCUUAUCAGCGUUGAGAACCUCAAAGUGAGGUUCUUCGCCUGUUUCCGUAUGUUGCUCUCACUCCUCCCCAUGAUUAAACGUGCUAACGUCCAGUAUCCAGUUGCCGCUCUUGGAAUUUACCCAACAACGGGUCUCUCCACAAUGUGGCUACAGGACAAUGCCGCAAAGCACUACAAGCGAGCCACGAUGGUCGGUUUCAUGCUGUGCCUGGGAAACACGGCCGGUGUCGCCGUUGGACAGAUCUUCACCACGCCCACAGCCCCGCGAUACAUUCUUGGACUGUCGGUUGCCAUGGGCUUGGCUGCGUUUGCCGGUUUGAUUGUCAUUGUGCUCAUGGUCAGCUUCACUAUUGUCAACCGCAGGCGAGCUGCGAUACUUCUGGCUGCAGAGCAGGCAGGUACUCCUAUUGCGCCAAAUCCUGACUUGGGUGACUAUUGCCCACACUUCAGGUAUUCCAUUUAG